ACAUCACGUGUGUAAAGCCAGGAGGGCGUUCAUAUGGACAACACAGCUCAGAAGCAGACUGACUUGGCAACAACGACCCAACUACCGGUUCACCACGCUGUCACUCUGUCACAGUGCCGCACAUUAAUAGGCUCAGUCCGUGGUCUUUAACCGAGCCGAGGCUAGCGGGGACUGAUUAACUCGUCGGGUUUUUCGGGGGAGCAGUCUCGGGUGUGCUUUUCCGAGCUAACCAGACAUUAGCAAGUGAUGAGCAGGGGCCUGCUUCUUCUUGGUGCCCAGCUAAGGUUACCGACAGGGCACGCCGCUUAACAGCACCAAGAGACUCUGCAUUCCGCCUGUGAACAGCACCUUAAGGACCCAGCCUCCGUCUUUUGUUUGGACCGAGACUUCAUGCUAGCUCCGUGCGAGUUGGACAAACUAGCUAGGUAGCUAACGCUCGGCGUGCAAGUUCAUAUAAGCAGCCAGCAAGACACCAGCCGCCAGUUUACACUUCCAGCCUGUCUGUGCGAUGGGUUUACUGUCACAGGGCUCUCCACUGAACUGGGAAGAAACCAAGAAGUAUGCCGACCAUAUUCGCAAGCACGGCAUCAUUCAGUUUCUCAACAUCUACAACAAGGUGAAGGAGCGUCAGAGAGAUGUGCUGAAGUGGGGCGAUGAGGUUGAGUACAUGUUGGUGGAAUUGGACGACAAGGAUGAAAAGGUUCGACUUGUCCUGAAUGGUGGAGAUGUUUUGGAAACUCUUCAAGACCAGGGUGAAAAGAUAAACCCCAAUCACCCCACGCUUUGGAGACCAGAGUAUGGCAGCUACAUGAUUGAAGGAACUCCAGGGCAGCCGUACGGCGGAACAAUGUCAGAGUUCAACACUGUGGAGGGCAACAUGGGAAAGAGACGGCGAGAGGCCUCAUCUGUCCUGAACCAGAACGAAACCCUAUGCACCAUCACCUCAUUUCCAAGCACCCUUACCAGAAACAUACGUCACAGAAGAGGAGAGAAAGUCACAAUUAAUGUGCCAAUCUUCAGAGACAAGUGCACUCCAUCGCCAUUUGUGGAGGAGUUUCCUGAGGAUGACGGUGAAGCAGCGAGGGCGGCUCUGCCUGAUCAUAUCUAUAUGGACGCCAUGGGCUUUGGCAUGGGCAACUGCUGUCUGCAGGUGACAUUCCAAGCUUGUAGCAUUGAUGAGGCAAGGUACCUUUAUGACCAGCUAGCAACAUUCUGCCCGAUAGUGAUGGCGUUGAGUGCGGCCUCACCCUUCUACAGAGGCUUUGUGUCAGAUAAUGAUUGUCGCUGGGGAGUUAUUUCUGCCUCGGUGGAUGACAGGACACAGGAGGAACGCGGUCUCAAGCCACUGAAAAACAACAAAUACAGAAUCUUCAAGUCAAGAUAUGAUUCAAUUGACAGCUACCUGUCUAGCUGUGGUGAGAAGUACAACGACAUUGAUUUGACGAUAGACGAGGAGAUCUACAAGCAGCUGCUCGAUGCAGGAAUUGACAAGCUGCUGGCCCAACACAUAGCACAUCUCUUCAUCCGAGAUCCACUCUCCGUCUUUGAGGAGAAAAUUCACUUAGAUGAUGAAAAUGAGUCUGAUCACUUUGAGAACCUGCAGUCGACCAACUGGCAGACGAUGAGGUUUAAACCUCCACCUCCAAACUCCGAUAUUGGCUGGAGAGUUGAGUUUCGCCCCAUGGAGGUACAGCUAACUGACUUUGAAAACGCUGCAUACGUGGUCUUUGUCGUCCUGCUCACCAGAGUGAUCUUGUCCUAUAAACUGGACUUUCUGAUCCCUUUGUCAAAGGUUGAUGAAAACAUGAAGGUCGCACAGAAGAGAAACGCUGUCCAGGAGGGUAUGUUUUACUUCCGAAAGGACAUCUUCAAAGGCUGCAACCCAGGCCUUGAUGGCACUGCUUCUGCUCAGAACGGCCUGGAGACUGAUGGUGCUAAUGAGGACUACGCGCUGAUGAGCAUUGACACAAUCAUCAAUGGAAAGGAGGGAGUAUUUCAAGGGCUGAUCCCGAUCCUUAACUGCUAUUUGGAAAACAUGGAAGUUGAUGUGGACACCAGGUGCACCAUUUUGAAUUAUCUGAAGCUCAUCAAGAAACGUGCCUCAGGCGAGCUGAUGACCAUGGCCAAGUGGAUGAGGGAAUUUGUUGCAAAGCACCCGCAGUAUAAGCAGGACAGUGUCGUAACUGACAAGAUCAACUACGACCUGUUCAAGAAGUGCGACAGGAUUGCAAAAGGCGAAGAGCAGUGCUCAGAGCUCAUUGGAAACCCAGUCAACAGGUUCAAAUGAGAAGGAAUGACCGAAGGUGUGGCUCAGAACGAAAGCGGUCCAAUUUUAAGAGAAUGCAAAACAGCAUGUGUGUGUUGUAAGAAACACACCUGCAUCAAAUGUAUGUGUGUAUAUAUACUGGAUCAGAUUUUUAUGAUUACAAAAUUAUUUUAAUAGGGUUAAGACAUACAAUGGUUGUGUAAUAAAAAUCAGAUGUGUAUUUAUUUUUCUCUGGAAAGUAAGCCUAUCUGUUUGAGAAUGUAAAUGUAGAAGAGAGUUGUACAGUAGUCUGCUUUUAAUCUUGUGUUGUGUAAAUACUGUACUUCCGCUCUUUAAAACAUUAAUAUCAUGGGGGUUUUUUUGUUUGUUUGUUUUGUUUUGCUGGAUGUGAGCUUUCUUUGUGUAUGGAACCAUGGAGAUCUUUAUUUUUUUGCAUUUUAAGAAAAAUGUUUUCUUUGCUCUGCUGACAUUGUAGUGGGAACUUAAAGAUAGUGUCGCAUUCAGUUAGAUCACUGUUUGCUAUGUGAUGCAGCUUCAGAAUAAAUCUGUACAACCAUAAGUUGUUUUCUUAAAACUA